AGAGGCUGAGGAGGAACUUCUCUUGCUCACUGUCGCCGUGGGCCCUCAUUGUCUGCAGGAACUCUCCGGAAUCCGGAGGGGAAGGGCUGGAUUGCUCUUCCACUGGGAUUCGUCAAGAGUUCCGGCGGCAGCUGCUGUGGUCGGUUGCAGAGUCUCCCUUUGUCCUCCUAGGACCUCCCUCCCUCAUUUUCCCCCUCCCUCUGUCAGUUGGUGGAUUCCGCUACCCCAGGCGAGGGUGCCCUAGCUGCUCGCUGUCCCGCACCCCAGGGGCCCUGGUAACUCCUACCACCGUGGCAUCCCCGCCGAGUGGAGCCGAAGCGACUGCGAGCACCGCGGAGUCGGAGUCGCAGGCCCCUGGCCGCAGGAUGGUGGCGGGGCUGUCCCUGGCUCGCAGUCCUGGGAGCUGGCUGGUCCCCGGGCUGUGGCUGCUGGCGCUCAGCGGUCCUGGGGGCCUGCUGAGAGCCCAGGAGCAGCCCUCCUGCAGAGGAGCCUUUGAUCUGUACUUCGUCCUGGACAAGUCUGGGAGUGUGGCAAAUAACUGGAUUGAAAUUUACAAUUUUGUCCAGCAACUUACAGAGAGAUUUGUGAGCCCUCAAAUGAGAUUAUCUUUCAUUGUGUUUUCUUCCCAAGCAACCAUUAUUUUGCCAUUAACUGGAGACAGAGGCAAAAUCACCAAAGGCUUGGAGGAUUUAAAACAUGUUAUUCCAACAGGAGAGACAUACAUCCAUGAAGGACUAAAGCUAGCAAAUGAACAAAUUCAGAAAGCAGGAGGCUUGAAAACCUCCAGUAUCAUAAUUGCUCUGACAGAUGGUAAGUUGGACGGUUUGGUGCCAUCAUAUGCAGAGAAAGAGGCAAAGCUAUCCAGGUCAUUUGGAGCUAGAGUUUAUUGUGUUGGUGUCCUUGACUUUGAACAAGCUCAGCUCGAAAGAAUUGCUGAUUCCAAGGAACAAGUUUUCCCUGUCAAAGGUGGAUUUCAAGCUCUUAAAGGAAUAAUUAAUUCUAUACUAGCUCAGUCAUGCACUGAAAUCCUGGAAUUGCAGCCCUCAAGUGUCUGUGUGGGGGAGGAAUUUCAAAUUGUUUUGAAUGGAAGAGGAUUCAAUCUGGGCAGUCGGAAUGGCAGUGUUCUGUGUACUUACACAGUAAAUGAAACAUACACAAAGAGUGUAAAGCCAGUAAGUGUACAGCUUAAUUCUAUGCUUUGUCCUGCACCUACCCUGCAUAAAGUUGGAGAAACUCUUGAUGUUUCAGUGAGCUUUAAUGGAGGAAAAUCUGUCAUCUCGAGCUCAUUAAUAGUUACAGCCACAGAAUGUUCUAAUGGGAUUGCAGCCAUCAUUGCUAUUUUGGUGUUACUGCUACUCUUGGGCGUCGGUUUGAUGUGGUGGUUUUGGCCGCUUUGCUGCAAAGUGGUUAUCAAGGAUCCACCUCCACCACCACCACGCCCUGCACCAAAACAGGAGGAAGAAGAACCUUUGCCUAACAAGAAAUGGCCAACUGUGGAUGCUUCCUACUAUGGCGGUCGAGGGGUUGGAGGAAUUAAAAGAAUGGAGGUUCGUUGGGGUGAUAAAGGAUCUACUGAGGAAGGUGCAAGGCUAGAGAAAGCCAAAAAUGCUGUGGUAACAAUUCCUGAAGAAGAAGAGGAACCCAUCAGGCCUAGGCCACCUCGACCCAAACCCACAUACCAGCCUCCUCAGACAAAGUGGUACACACCAAUUAAGGGUCGUCUUGAUGCACUCUGGGCUUUGUUGCGGCGGCAGUAUGACCGGGUUUCCCUGAUGCGACCUCAGGAAGGAGACGAGGGCCGGUGCAUAAACUUCUCCCGAGUUUCGUCUCAGUAAAAGGAAAGCAGGAGACUAAGAAGUAUGAAGAUGGUGCAUUUUCACACUGCUGAUUUUCAACCAAA